CGUCGCUUGUUGAUGACGUCAUAACCGCGUCUUCCACAGAUAUCACAUAAACACAGAGCAAACAUACACUGAAUAGUUGUUGCAAUUAUGAGAAAAUGACAAGUUUCUCCAGGAAUUAGUUGCUUAAUUAACUCAGCGCCGCUUCCGGGAUGCACACAUCAGUGCAUGAAAUCCACUUGUCGUCCAAUUCUGACUCGUCCUACUUCCUGCGGGUGGACUGGGAGGGGCAGAGCUUGGGUUCAGGCUUCCGGAUGCUGCUGACGGAUGGACAGGAUGCCUGGAGAGGAGAGGUGAGCGAGGAAGCAGUGAAAAAUGAGGCAGAGGAGCUGGAAAUGCAGAAGGAGAAAUACGUCCAAGACCUCCAGCAGGCUCUGACAGAAACUGAAAACACCUCCUACAGCUUCACCCUUAGCCCAGAUCCUCCAAACCGUAGCUGCUCUGUGACUCUGACGUACGAGAAGAUCCAGAAGGACAUCUCUGCUGAAGCGUUACAGUGAAGGUAAAGAGGUCCUUGAGGCAGAGCUUUAUUCUCGUUUUGUCCUGGUCCUUAAUGAGAAGAAAGCAAAGAUCCGCAGUCUUCAGGAAACUGUCACCAACCUGCAGGAAAUGAGGAGUUCUGAUGGACAGAGGAACAGAAAAGCUGUAAAGUCAGACCAAUCAGCAGGUCGGGACAGUGAGGCUGAGCAGGAUGAAUAUGGAGGAAGCACUGAUGAAGAGCCAGAGGAAGAGCAGCUGUCAACAACAGCUUCUAAUGUACCAUCUAAAGAAUCUUCUACCCCAAGCCCUUUGGGAGACAGUCUGCGAGACAUCACAGAUGUGGCUCCCUGUCGCAAGCGCCGCUUCCGCCAUCUUGGUGACCCAGAGCUCACUGUGAAAAGACCAAGACCAAAGACAGCACAGAAGAAGGGGACAGACUGCUCAGCAGGAUCCACUCAGCUGCAGACUCCCCAGCGCUCUGCAGAUGCUGCAGCAGCAACUUUGGCAGCUGAAGACCUGUUUGAGGAUUUCUGACUUCCAAAAAGCCUCGCCUACAAAACUGCAACGAUUUUACCUUCUUGGAAUCAAAUGUUUGGAUGAUCAGUUGUCUGCACUGAAGUUAUUUCUGUAGAACCGUCAACAAUCCCAGAAGCACUAAAUGGUACAUAUUUAUAGCUUAUGUGCUAAGAUCUCAGGCAAUAAAAAAAAAAAAAAUCUAAAUGUUUGUUACAAAGUGACCACAAAUACAAAUUUUUUUGGUUUGUUUUAAAACGGAAACUAAAGAAAUGAAUAAACAAACUGACUUCAGAAUAGAAUUAAUGUUUUUAGAAUUUUUGAAAUAUAAAUUAAACUAAGA